AUGUCUUUCCUCCAGGAUACAAGUUUCUUCACCAUAGGAAUGUGGUCCAUUGGUGUGGGGGCUCUUGGGGCUGCUGCCUUAGCACUGCUCCUGGCCAACACAGACGUGUUUCUGUCCAAGACCCAGAAAGCAACGCUGGAGUAUCUGGAGGAUAUAGACCUGAAAACUCUGGAGAAGGAACCAAGGACUUUCAAAGCAAAGGAGCUCUGGGAAAAGAGUGGGGCUGUGAUUAUGGCUGUGUGGAGGCCAGGCUGUUUCCUAUGUCGAGAGGAGGCUGAGGACCUGUCCUCCCUGAAGCCCAAGUUGGAUGAGCUGGGUGUCCCCCUCUAUGCAGUGGUGAAGGAGCAGAUUAGGACUGAAGUGGAGGACUUCCAGCCUUAUUUCAAAGAAGAAAUCUUCCUGGAUGAAAAGAAAAAGUUCUAUGGUCUCCAAAGGCGGAGGAUGAUGUUUCUGGGAUUUGUCCGUCUGGGUGUCUGGUACAACUUCUUCCAGGCCUGGAAUGGAGGCAUCUGGAACCUGGAAGGCGAAGGCUUCAUCCUUGGGGGAGUUUUUAUGGUGGGAUCAGGAAAGGAGGGCAUUCUUCUUGAGCACCAAGAAAAAGAAUUUGGAGACAAAGCAAAGCCAAUUUCUGUUCUGGAAGUUGCUAGGAAGAUCAAAGUACAGACUUCAGCCUCAGAGAAAAAAUGA